AUGUUAUGGGAGUACAUUGGAGGACAUCUCAUAAUCCAGAGAGGAGGAGGAAAAGCCUUCUUGAAGAUCGUCAUCAUUCAGGAUAGGCAAGGGACAUUUACAAAUUCAUGUGACUUGGCUUUUACCCUGGAAGAGAGACAACAAUUGAAUAUUCAUGGAUUGUUGCCACCUUGCUUCAUCAGUCAGGAUAUCCAGGUUCUUAGAGUAAUUAAAAAUUUUGAGCGUCUGACCUCUGACUUUGACAGGUAUCUUCUCUUAAUGGAUCUUCAAGAUAGAAAUGAAAAACUCUUUUACAGAGUGCUAAUGUCUGACAUUGAGAAAUUCAUGCCUAUUGUCUAUACCCCCACUGUGGGUCUGGCUUGCCAGCAAUAUAGUUUAGCAUUUCGGAAGCCAAGGGGUCUCUUUAUUAGUAUCCAUGACCAAGGACAUAUUGCUUCAGUUCUUAAUGCGUGGCCAGAAGAUGUCAUCAAGGCUAUUGUGGUGACUGAUGGAGAGCGUAUUCUUGGCUUGGGAGACCUUGGCUGUAAUGGAAUGGGCAUCCCUGUGGGCAAGCUGGCACUGUAUACAGCCUGUGGAGGGAUGAAUCCUCAAGAAUGUCUGCCUGUUAUUCUGGAUGUGGGAACAGAAAAUGAGGAUUUACUUAAAGAUCCGUUGUACAUUGGGCUACGGCAGAGAAGAGUGAGAGGUCCUGAAUAUGAUGACUUUUUGGAUGAAUUCAUGGAGGCAGUUUCUUCCAAGUAUGGGAUGAAUUGCCUUAUUCAAUUUGAAGAUUUUGCCAAUAUAAAUGCAUUUCGUCUCCUGAAGAAAUAUCAAAACCAGUAUUGCACAUUCAAUGAUGAUAUUCAAGGAACAGCAUCUGUUGCAGUGGCAGGGAUCCUUGCGGCUCUUCGAAUAACCAAGAACAAACUGUCUGAUCAAACAAUACUCUUCCAAGGAGCUGGAGAGGCUGCCUUAGGGAUUGCACACCUGAUUGUUAUGGCCAUGGAAAAAGAAGGUUUACCAAAAGAGAAAGCCAUGAAAAAGAUCUGGUUGGUUGACUCAAAAGGAUUAAUAGUUAAGGGACGUGCUGCCUUAACACAAGAGAAGAAGGAAUUUGCCCAUGAACAUGAAGAAAUGAAGAACCUAGAAGCCAUUGUUCAAGAAAUAAAACCAACUGCCCUCAUAGGAGUUGCUGCGAUUGGUGGUGCAUUCUCAGAACAAAUUCUCAAGGACAUGGCUGCCUUCAAUGACCGACCUAUUAUUUUUGCAUUGAGUAAUCCAACUAGCAAAGCAGAAUGUACUGCAGAGCAGUGCUAUAAACUAACCAAGGGGCGUGCAAUUUUUGCCAGCGGCAGUCCUUUUGAUCCAGUCACUCUUCCAGAUGGACGGACCCUAUAUCCUGGCCAAGGAAACAAUUCCUAUGUGUUUCCUGGAAUCGCUCUUGGUGUUGUGGCUUGUGGACUGAGACAUAUCACAGAUGAGAUUUUUCUCACAACUGCUGAGGUUAUAGCCCAGCAAGUAUCAGAUAAACACUUGGAAGAGGGCCGGCUUUAUCCUCCUUUGGACACCAUUAGAGAUGUUUCUCUGAAAAUUGCAGCAAAGAUUGUGAAAGAUGCUUACCAAGAAAAGACAGCCACAGUUUAUCCUGAACCCCAAAACAAGGAAGCAUUUGUCCGCUCUCAGAUGUAUAGCACUGAUUAUGACCAGAUUCUACCUGAUUGUUAUUCUUGGCCUGAAGAGGCCCAGAAAAUACAGACCAAACUUGACCAGUAG